GUCCGACGUGUGAAGUGAACCGCGUCCGGUAACAUAGCAACUCAAAAAUAAUCGAAAAACCCACCGUGGAAGCUCACCGGUUUUGUUGCAGAGGUUGGAUAGUGGAGACACAAAAUGUUUGUUUCUCUAACGUAUAGAUUAUUCUAGGUACUUUUAAGUGACAGGAAGUCAAGCUAGCUGGCAUUUAACCACCGAUAAAAAUAAAUAACCGGAACGUUAGAAAGAGUUCCGACGUCGAUAUAAGCGAUCAUAAGACAUUUUCUUUUGAGCUAACUAGGGUCUUGCAAGCGGUGUAUUUUCAUCGAUUUGUAAAAAUACGUGGCGGUUUUCUCUCUUUUUUUUUGGCGUGGAACGACUGAUCACCACCACCGUGAAUUUGUUCCGCCACGGAACAAUUAGCUUAGCUAACUAGCGCUAGCUAAGUCUCAUUUGUGCGGAAUUUUGAAGGCAAAUUAGCGCAUUGAAAAGAGAUUCGGAACUUGCAUGUGUGGUUUAUAAUAAGCAGGUUUUCAGGAAUAACGUUAUGUUUAAGAAUACAUUUCAAAGCGGUUUCUUGUCCAUUUUGUACAGUAUUGGGAGCAAACCUCUCCAAAUAUGGGAUAAAAAGGUAAGAAAUGGACAUAUAAAGCGGAUUACUGACAACGACAUUCAGUCUUUGGUGCUUGAGGUCGAGGGAACUAACGUCAGCACAACCUAUAUCACAUGCCCAGCAGAUCCAAAAAAAACCCUUGGCAUAAAACUUCCUUUCCUGGUUAUGAUAAUCAAGAAUCUCAAGAAGUAUUUCACAUUCGAAGUUCAGGUACUGGACGAUAAGAACGUGCGUCGGCGAUUCAGAGCGAGCAACUAUCAGAGCACCACGCGGGUGAAGCCUUUCAUCUGCACCAUGCCCAUGAGGCUGGACGAUGGCUGGAACCAGAUCCAGUUCAAUCUGUCUGACUUCACACGGCGGGCUUAUGGCACCAACUACAUAGAGACGCUCCGUGUACAGAUCCAUGCAAACUGCCGCAUAAGAAGAGUGUACUUUUCGGAUAGACUCUAUGCUGAAGAUGAACUCCCGGCAGAAUUUAAACUUUAUUUGCCAGUGCAAAACAAAGCAAAGCAGUGAAGUGGCACAUCUGAAUACUCCUUAUUCUCAAUCUCUUGAGAAACCUGCAGUUUUUCCACAACUGACAAAUUUACAGUAAUUUUGUCUUUGCUUUGUAUUUUUAAAUGUUAUUUUGAAACUAUGUGAUUAGUUUGUGUGUGCCUUCCCUGAUUGAAUAAAUAAAUGGUUUUAUAUGGUACAGUAUGAACUCUGAAUACAACAUGUAAAGCAUUUAGGCAGUGCAGUUGUGUAUGAUUUCAUGUUAUUUCACAUUUAAAAGAUGAGUCAUGUUUAAAAGAUUUUUAUUGAACUGGAACAUCAGCUGCCACAGUGGAAUCUCAGCACUGCAGUAUGAAUGUCUUUGCAUCUUCAGUUGCAGGUCUACACAGGCUUAUAUGUGCAUACAGGUUCAUUUUUGAACCUGCACAUAGUGUUAAAGGUUCUGGGUAUUUUUAUAAUACUUUGGUAAGAGGGGAUAAAAACUCAAGAUUACAAAAAAAUAUGAAAUUUUGGUAUUAAAAUCUAAGUCUACAACAUGCAAACAUGCAUUAUUCUGUAGCUUUCAUUUCAAACAAUUUGUAGUCUCUUGAACUGUAAGAGAACCUUGUAAGCCAGGGCUAAUAAAGUGGUUUAAAAUGC